ACGGAGUACUGUUUUAGGAAGCCCAUCACAAUAAAUUGGAAGAAAGAUUAUUGAUCUCCAGUGCCUAUCCAUAAUAGCAAUGGGUUCAGUGCCUAAUAAUGAGAGCUUCAGCGUUGAGCUCCGGCAGCUGGAACCUGAAAACGAUAAUAAUGUCAGAAAAGUUGAGAGGGCUAAUUGGCUUCUGGACUCUCCUGACCCACCAAGCCCAUGGCAACAACUCUGUAGCUCUCUGAGACCCAAAACUUCCUCAUCAGCUUCAUCCAAGAACAGAAAUUCAAACGGAUUUGCUGUUUCUUUCCUGCAAGCCCUUUUUCCGAUCUUGAAAUGGGGGAGAACUUACAGAGCAGCUAUGUUCAAGAAAGACUUGAUGGCAGGCCUAACUCUUGCCAGUCUUUGUAUUCCACAGAGUAUUGGAUAUGCUAAUCUAGCAAAACUGGAUCCUCAGUAUGGCUUAUACACGAGUGUUGUUCCGCCUUUGAUAUACGCUGUGAUGGGGAGUUCGCGGGAGCUAGCAGUCGGUCCGGUUGCAGUUGUCUCUAUGCUGGUCUCUGCAAUGGUUUCGAAAAUCGUGGAUCCUGCUAAGGAUGCUAUUGGUUACAGAAACAUUGUUUUCACUGUCACCUUCUUCGCGGGUACUUUCCAGGCAGUGUUUGGACUGUUCAGGUUGGGGUUUCUCGUGGAUUUUCUCUCGCACGCUGCCAUAGUUGGAUUCAUGGCGGGUGCAGCUAUCGUUAUCGGUCUCCAGCAGCUAAAAGGGCUGCUGGGAAUUGAGCAUUUCACCACAAAGACAGAUGUUGUCUCUGUUCUAAGUUCAGUUUUCAGUUCAUUUCAUGGACCAUGGCAUCCUUUCAAUUUUCUGCUUGGUUGUUCAUUCCUGAUCUUCAUCCUAACCACGAGAUUCGUUGGGAGAAGGUACAGGAAACUAUUCUGGCUGCCAGCUCUUUCUCCUCUUUUAUCAGUAAUACUAUCCACUCUGAUAGUUUACCUAACGAAAGCGGAUAAACAUGGCGUUAACAUUGUGAAGAAAUUCAAAGGAGGCCUAAAUCCGAGCUCGGUUCAUAGUUUACAGUUCAGCAGUCCACAUGUUGGAGAAGCAGCAAAAGUGGGAUUAAUCUGUGCCAUCAUCGCGCUAACCGAGGCGAUUUCUGUAGGCCGGUCUUUUGCUUCGAUCAAAGGCUACCACCUUGAUGGGAACAAGGAAAUGCUUUCGAUUGGAUUCAUGAACAUUGUUGGAUCUUUAACAUCCUGCUAUGCAUCCACAGGUUCAUUUUCAAGAACAGCUGUGAAUGUUAGUGCAGGGUGUGAAACAGUGGUAUCAAACAUAGUCAUGGCUGUGACAGUGCUAAUAUCCCUGGAAUUGCUAACCAAACUUCUGUACUAUACUCCCAUGGCUAUCCUCGCCUCGAUUAUCUUAUCCGCGCUUCCUGGAUUGAUUGAUCUUCAAGGGGCUUACCAUAUCUGGAAGGUGGACAAGGCAGAUUUCCUAGUCUGCAUUGGCGCAUUCCUUGGAGUCCUGUUUGGCUCUGUCGAAAUAGGCCUUCUAGUCGCGGUUGCUACUUCAUUUGCCAAAAUAAUACUGGAUUCCAUUAGGCCUAGUAUAGAUGGAAUUGGAAAGCUUCCAGGGACAGACAUCUUCUGUGAAAUAACUAAAUACCCUGCUGCAACUACCAUUCCUGGCAUCUUGAUCAUCAGAAUCAACAAUGGUUCUCUUUGUUUUGCAAAUUCUCAAUUCAUUAGAGAAAGGUUAUUGAAGUGGGUUGAAAAAGCUAAUGCCUCAGAGAAUGCCCAGACUGUAAGGGUAUUGAUCUUAGACAUGUCUAAUGUAACAAAUACAGAUACAUCCGGAAUUGUUGUGUUGGAAGAAUUGUAUAAGAAAUUGGCUUCACAGAACACACAAUUAGCUAUUGCCGGGCCUAGGUGGAAGGUGAUUGAAAAAUUAAAGAAAGCCAAAAUUGUAGAUAAACUUGGACGAGGAUGUUUUUUUCUAACUAUUGGCGACGCCGUCGAUGCUUGCCUAGAUUUUAAAAUGGCUACUCAUCACGUUUGAUGAAAGAAUAAUACUACGCAUUUGUCUAAAAAAAAAUUCUUAAUUUUCUCUUCUGUUAUGUCACUAUUUAAUGUAAUAAUACUUUAGUCAUU